GCAAGGCGUAGGUAUGGCGACUAGAACUGAGGAGGAGUAAGAAGAGUGACGGGGGCUUUACGGACUCCGAUAAAAGCACGCGCAGAGCAGCCAAAAGUUCCAUUCACUCCACACACGAGCGUCACUCUACAUCUCUGUGCGCAGGAAGCAACGCUCAACGACCGACGUUCCCUUCAUUUUAACCCAUUUAAAGAAAUGUCGGCACUAAACGGAGCCAUGGACGCGGAGAGAAACGCCACGGAAAGCCCGCCGAGAGAUGAAAUGAUGGCUCUCUUUGCUGGUAUCGUGAUAUGCGCUCUGUUGAUUCACUGCCUCGAAGGAAUUUGUCUGCGUCCACGACUAGUUUUCCGAGCGGGCCCAAAUAAAAUUGAGACUGGACAGGGUGAAGUUUCAGGCACUGAGGAUAAUCAGACUGAAGGAGGACCGCCUUUGCGAGGUGGAGAGACUGGCGGAAACGAAGCUGUAAAGCCCAGCCACACAGGCAGUGGGACGGAACCUGACGAUAGUCCAAGACUGAUGAAGGGGGAGAGAGAACGCGGCCCUGGGGUGAGAAGCACCGACCUGGAUGAACGCGCCGCCGAACGCGGCCCUCAGGAAUAAAAGUGGAAGCAGGCUGUCAAAAGCACCAUUCUACGCGCACACCUCACACUGGACACAACCAUGGAGCCAACGCUUGAAACCAGGAACGCCAACUUGCAACCCGGACAGACACGCACGGUGACCAACUCAUAUUCAGAUAGUGGCUUUGGCAAUGAUGGCGCAGGGAUUCAAGUAAUGCAGUCUCAAGAUCAGCCCGAACGUCCAGCACUUGAAAACAACUCUGCUAUGAACACCACAGGUGACGCAAGCGCACUGGGAAAUGGCAGUGGCGAUGGAGUCACUCGGAUAGACUAUGGAUACGAUGAGGCAGAUAUCUCGGAAACACCAUUUUCCCCUGAAACCGAAAGCCACUUGACAGAAACGGCGCCAGCAAUCCCAAGUCACGUAAUAAAUGAAAGGCGUGGAAUUUACGAUGCCUUUGAAGUCAAAAACAACUUAGUCCCAUUCAUGCAACCCAUUCACCCUCGAUAUUGCACAUUGGAUCGCAGACACGAAACACUCAACCGGUGGCCAAGCGGAGCCCCAGUCACGGCCGACGCACUAGCUGAAAGUGGUUUCUUCUACGCGGGGUACAGAGACAUCGUUCUAUGCUUUCAUUGUGGAAUAUCAUUAUCUUGUUGGACUGAAGGAGACGUAGUGGAUCAGGAACACGCAGCAUACUCGCCUUAUUGCGCUUUCAUAAACCGUACUAGGGGAACAACAUACGUGGAGGAUGUACAGAAAAAGUUACUCUCAGAACAAGAAGUGCCAAAUCAUUUUAAGUCUUACAUAAAGAAACAUCUAACUACUCAAACAUCUGACGAGGAAACAAAAUUGGAUGCACGACGCAAUGUGGAUAGAGGGUUUUGUAAAAUAUGCUUUGAACGAGAGGCUAAUGUCGUCGUCCUUCCAUGCGCACAUUUCUAUACGUGUGCACAGUGCUUACCAGGACACUCAAAAUGUGGAGUGUGCAGAGCAAAAGUUGACUUUACUCUGCGAGUUUUUGUUUGAAGAGCCCUAAACGUUUUUUUAAAUCAGAAAAUGUUUUGUAUGUAUGUAUGUUGUAAAAAUUCAGAAUUAAAAUUGGUAUAAAUAUAAGGUGUUUUUCAUUUCAACGUCCCUCUUUCCUGAAAACGCCUGAUGGGUAGGCAGUCAGAUGCAAGGAUACUCAAAGCGCCUGAUGGAUAGGCAAACCGCACCUACAUGGCCUUGAGAACGGCACGCACGGUUGAGAGAGACAUGAAUGAGAUGAAGGAGCCGAACGGGUAGUAGUUAGCUCACUUGUCGUACGUGUCAGUCUGCCUCGGAACUCUGCCGAGUGAACAUCUGGGCUAGCUGGUGACCGGUUGGGACGUCAUCGGCCACCUCCAGAGGUCCCCGAUGACAACCACACUCCCAAUGCAAAGGUA